UUCGAUCGCGACCGCUGUCAGUGUCGGUACUUACGUAUUUGUGUGUUGGUAAAGAAAAACAUAAUCAUGCCUAGCCUGAUCUUCGACAAGUGCUGCGGCUGCAUCGAGCUGAAGACAGGAUGCCUCAUCAUCGGCUACCUGGAGCUGGUGGGCGAGAUAAUCCUCAGUCUCCUAAUUCUGGUAUCCUUACUGGCCGGAGGCGUGGCCAUCAGCUCCGACAAGGAGGAUGUUAAGGAAGUGGGAGUCGGACUCAUCGUGAUCUCGGCCAUCUUGCUGCUGGCUCUGGCGCUGCUCCUCGCCUUCACCAUCACGCUGCUCGUCGGUCUGCAUAAGAACAAGCGUGGCCACGUGAAGGCGUACCUGAUCUACUCGGCCAUCUUCUUCGUCAUCGCCGUGGUCAUGUUUUUCUCUGGCCUCAGCCAGGGCCCGCCCGUCUCCAACAUCAUCUCCAACAUCAUUGGUUUGCUGAUCCAUCUGUACUUCCUCUUGGUGAUCCGGAGCCACUACUACAAGAUGGACGAGGCCAGCAAGGGCGCUAUCUACAACACCGCCUAAGCCCAAACUACAAUCAUGUUUGAUGUUUAG